CAUCACAGGCUGGCACUUCAGUUUUUUUUUUCACAGCUUGAGUUUUCAUGAACCAUAAAUACAUAACAUAUAGGGGAUUCUUUUUUUUCUUUUUUUUUUUUCCUAAAAGGAGAAUCAAACCAUCUGUCAAACAUGGUGUCAUGAUACAGGGGUUCACAGGAGUGAGCCUUUUGCAGUUUGCCUCGUUAACACCGUGCUUAACAGCUAGUUAAUGGCUACAGGGAGGAAGACAAUUAAUUCUAAUUGUUUCAUUUCAAAAUUAACUCAAAGAACAUAUAUGAUUCAGAGAAAAAAAAUGUGAGUUUCGGUUUUACUCUCUGAUACUUUGGGAACUGAGAGACACACUUUAAACAGAAGUGAAACACCAACAUGUUUCCAUGAAUAUUCUAGCAAUAUUAAUGUGACACCACCAGCAGAGAGUUUGGAUUAAUAUCCAGUCAGUAGACAGACUGAGAGAGAGAGAGAGAGAGAGAGAGAGAGAGAGAGAGAGAGAGGUCCCAACAUGUAAGCGGAUUAAGCGACUAUAGGUUAACAGGCUGCUGUCUCUCUCCGCCUCAGCUUUCACGGGACGGUCGUGCGCGCAGCAGUUUUAGUUUCUGACUUAGCUUCCACUUUCGGGCACAACCUGCUGGUAUUUCCCCUCCAUGUGCUCUCAAACCGCGAAAGUCGAGCAACAACGUGGUUUCGUUUUUUUAAGUGCGCUUCGUGGGGCGCUCACGGCCCGGGCGGGCGCGCCGUCAUUUACUCUCAGAGGAUGAUUGAUGGGUAACUGCAUGCGCGACACGCUGAACUACUGAAGCGGGCACGGCGGGUCAAGUUUGUAGGCUCUCCUGGGUGAUGUAAGUGGCUUCUUUUUUCUCUCUCUCUCCUUUUUUUUUGGUACGGCAGUUUGUUUAGUACAGACAGCCAGUCCCAUGCCCGCGCCCCGCGUGCCAAGCUGCACUCUGCCCCGAGGACAGUGCCCUAGGCUCGGGGGCUAGAUGGUGCUUAUCACGGACGACAGGGAUGGAGGAGGCGCAUCGUCCGUCCGGGUCAGGCAGCUCCAGCAGCAGCAAAAAGUCGGGGGGAACUUCACCCAAGUCCACCCGACCAUAGCCGAGGAGCCCCCGUCCAACUCUGACGAGGACUACCUGGGCUCGUGCGACGAGGACAAGGAAGACGACGAGGGAGAGGAGGAAGACGAUGAUGAGUUCGAAGAAGUUGACUUCGAGGACUUGGAGGACUGUCGGAGCAUCGUGUCGGACGACUCCUUCUACCCGCCGGAUGAUGUGUUUGCGGACUCGGAGCGCACCCCGUCUCCGGUCAGCCCGGAGCCGCUGUCUCUGUUCCAGGCGUGCUGCACCAACAACGCGGCUAUCGUCCGGAUCAUGAUACGGCAUGGAGUGACGGAGGAGGAGGUGAAGGAGAAGGACAGGAAUAACAGGAUAGGGCUGUUGGUCGCCUGUUAUCAAGGCUACGUGGACGUCGUCAUAGCGCUCGCUCAGUGUCCGUAUCUGGAUGUCAACUGGCAGGACAGCGAGGGGAACACAGCGCUCAUCACCGCCGCCCAAGCAGGCCACAUAACAAUCACCAACUACCUGCUCAACUACUACUCUGGCUUGGACAUCGAGAGGAGGAACUGCCACGGCUUCACCGCGCUGAUGAAGGCUGCCAUGCAGGGGAGGCUGGAGUGUGUGCGCUCGCUCAUGAUGGCAGGUGCUGCCCUGAAUGCCAAAGACUUCGGCCGCAACUUCACAGCAAGAGAGUGGGCCUUAUUUACUGGCCGUUAUGAAACUGCCUGGCUGAUGACACGGCUGAUGGAGCGGCCGUGCCCCCACCAGUACUGUGACACAUUCAGUCUAGAGUGGCCCCCACUUGCGUCACUGGUAGCCAAAGCCCAGGAGCCCCGCGGCUGUCUGAAGCGCCUGUCGGACACUGUGCGGCAAGUCUUCAACAUCGCCAACGUCACCAACCCUGAGGACGAAGGUGUCGUUGACCACAUGGUUUCUGUUACAACUGCCAUGAGGAGCCCUUUCAUCGCUGUGGCGUGCCAUUCAGUCUGUCCCGACAGCCCCCCAAGUGUAGGGAAACGGCGAUAUGCAGUUCCUGAGAUUGUCCGCCAGCAGCGCGCCAAAGAGCUCCGCUCUGUCAACCCGGACAGAGUGGACAGCCACCUCAAACUCUUUGAAAACUCCCGGGUCACAAUGGUGGCAAAGAACUCACAAGACCGCAGGGCCAGCCUUCAGGCCCAGAGCCUGGUGCCUCGACACAGGAGCUCCAGCCUGAGCAUAGUGGCUUAUAACGAAGCCCUGGAGCUGCGGAGAACCAGCCUGCUGCCCAUGCACAUGGUGCUGAGGAGGAGCAGCGUCCGGCCGGGGUUCAGCAUCCCCAAAGUGAGGGUGACCAAGGCGCCCGCGUCCACUUACGAACCAGACAAGGUCAGGAGGAAAAGCAGCGCCAAAGAUGGAGGAGGGCACCUGCUGCAGAUCCCGAAGUGGAGGUACAAGGAGCUGAAGGAAGAACGGAGGAAAGCCGAGGAGGCUGAGAGGAGGAGGCUGGAGGCCGUGACCAAGAGACACCUCGCUGCUGGGAAAAGGAAAUAAUAUCAUUGCCUCGGAGGAUGCCACGUACACUACCCCAAAGACUAAAUCUGGACAGACCAUUAAGUUUGACCCAUUUUUAGCUUUAAUGUUUUUUUUUUGUUUGUUUGUUUUUUACAAUUUAUGAGCUCAGGGUGAGCCUCAAAUUACCAGCAGUGUUCCUCAAAAGGGACUUAAGAUUGCUUUUGUCUGCUCAGGUUGGUGAGGUGGUCGCUGGUUGGCCUCUGAAAAAAUGGCUGCCAGACAUGUGAUAAAGAGUGUCAAACAGUGAAUACCCAGGGGAUUUGAUACUUGAAAUGUUUGUAGCUAACUUAUUUUUUUUCUUUUAUAUUUAUUGCUUUUUGAUGGACGGCCAAGUCUAUAUUUUGUUACAUACGCUUUGGGUGCUCAGUACAGCACUGUUUCUGUAGAGCGUGACACUGUGUUAGAACAGGAGACGUUUGUUAACACACAUUCUUUCAGCCUGUAAGCACAGCAAAGAUGUGUUCCUCUUACUGCCUAAGAAUGGAAGCAAUUUAUUAAAGAUGUUAUGGAUUAAUGUCUUUAUACUAAUUCAGUGGAGAAUACUAAUGGGCCUGUCAUAUUGACUGAGAAAGUUAAACAAAAGCUUGCAUAGAAUCUAACGGCUCUUAGAUGCUUUUUGUUUCGCUUUAUAAUGACGAACCCAUGAAUGUAUUUUGCAUAUAUGUUUUAUAUUAGAGAUUUGAAUGCUUUUUGAUGACAUACCUUUAAUUUUUUAUUCACCGUGGACUUGUUCCUGUGUUUCCUAGUCUUAAUGUUUCGAGAGCAAGACUGAAAUGUAGAGCACUAUCGCGAUGUAACGCAUCUCACCACGUAGGAAGUGAAUUCUUUCCAAAUGUUUACAUUGCGAAACCACAUUAACACUGGUUACAGUAGUGAUAAACUGGCACGUAAUGACUGAGAGUCAUGGUGUUAUGGUGUGUGUAUGGAGAGGAUACAAUAAACACUUCUGCUAACAGUGA